AUGCGCACGAAAACCAACGAAUUCUUCCUUGCCGCUGCAUCCAGCGAUUAUGACAUUAUAGUUAUUACUGAAACUUGGCUCAGAAGUGAUGUGCAAAACACCGAACUUGCUGAUAAUUACAACAUCUAUCGAUGCGAUCGCAGUAGUUCGACUAGUAGUCUCCAACGUGGUGGAGGAACUCUUAUUGCAGUUAAAUGCACUUUGACAAAUUUGUCGGUUCAUCUAUCGGAGAGUGAAACACUUGAACAGGUUGUUGUGAAGGUUAAGCUGGCCCAUAAAUCCGUUUACAUCUGUGGCAUUUACUUGAGGCCGAACAGUGAUCCCGAUAAAUUUGUUGCGCAUUCCGACUGUGUAAAUCAAAUCGUCAACAUAGCCACCCCCUGUGACACCGUAAUCGUAGUUGGGGAUUACAACCUUUCUCGGCUCGAAUGGUUAUAUGAUGACGAAGUGGAAGGAUACUUGCCAACUAACGCUUCUUCAGAGCAGGAGUUAACUCUAACUGAAACUCUGAUAGCUAGUGGUUUGAAGCAAAUCUGCAAUGUAUCAAAUUCAAACGGACGACUUCUUGACUUGGCAUUUGUAAGCGACUGUCACGAAGCUGAGCUUAUUGGAGCACCAUAUUCAAUUUUAAGCCCUGACCGCCACCACAACCCGUUCGUUCUACGUCUGGACUUUCGUAACCCAGUUCAUCAUCUCCAAUGUGCAGUGGAAGGAAUGGACUUCGAUUUUGACUUCUCUCGCUGUGACUACGAGGCUGUGAAGAACGAACUUAAUUCACUUGAUUGGUUCCAGAUACUCAGUGGAGAAGAUAUUAACACCUCGAUUACAUCAUUCUACAACGCGGUCUUCGACACGAUAAGCAGGCAUGUUCCUCUUCGUAGAUCUUUACCUCGGAAGACGUACAAGCAACUCUGGUGGAACGCUGAACUACAGCAUCGACGUAACAUACUUCGUAAAACGCGUCGCAGGUUUUUCCGUAACCGGACUGCGACAAACAGAGCCCUUCUGCAAACCGUUGAAUCGGAGUACGAAAAUUUCGUGUCGUCUACCUUUCGUGAGUAUGUUCACCGUGUACAAAAUGAAGCUAAAUCAAACCCGUCAGCUUUCUGGCGUUUCGUCAAAACCAGGAAAAAUCGCAUGCGAUGUUGUCCACUGUGA